ACGUGUAUUACAUUGAUAGUCAGAAAAUGGCUUUUCUUUCUGCAUUUCCAUUUGUUUUUUUUUUUUUUCUCUGUUUUGAUAUUUUAUCUUCACCAAACUUUCUGCAGAUGGGUUUGAGAUUGGGAAAAUAAUAGAAAAUAGGAAAAGGGUGAUCUUGGAUAUCCACCCAUUUGCUAACUGUGCAAGAGUUGAGAUAGAGAGAUAUUUCGAACAUCAGAAUAAAGGUUGGAUUUGGGGGAAUUUUGGUACCGGCGGAGCGAGCGAGCAGGAAGGGGAGAUUUGGGCCAAACUUUCACAUGUGAGUUGCACUUCAAUCUUAUCCGUUCGUGCCAAGUGUGACAAUCUAAUGGCUGUGGAUUUUAGCAUGUUUUUUGGUUCGAAAAUACACCAUCCGGCCGGAUCUGAUAGUAGCCAUUCCCUGUACAUAUAGUAGUUAUACGAGAAGAAGCUGAAGUUUUCUCUCAAACUUUACAAGCUUACUUCAGAGUUAUGGACUUUCGGCGGUUAAGUUGUGCUUGUUGUAUCUGAAACUAUGCCUGAAUGAGUUUUAACAUUUUUAUAAUUGUCUACCAAGCAGAAUAUGAUCUGCCAGACAUAACCUCAACAGCAACAUCUACUUUUCACACACCAUUCUUCUUAAUAUUAAGUUCAGUAAUCAACUGCAUCAAGCUUUGGAUAUUUGACUUCGCUUCUAAUUAGAGCAGAGUCUUUGGUAACAAUGGAAGUUGCUCAGAGUUCCAUUCACCGUGCAAACUCGAAGCUCUUCUGUGAAUAUAUAGGAGCUAAGUUCUGCAAUGUUAAAUUUUCGGAUGUUCCCAUCAACCCAAAUGUUGAAUUCCAUUUCAUUCUGUCCUUUGCUAUUGACUAUACUUCUGAUUCUUCAUCCCACAGUCCUACUAAUGGGAAAUUUAACAUCUUCUGGGACUUCUAUAAUCUUAGCCCCUCCAAAGUUCUUUCCAUCAAGAAUAGCCAUCCAAAUGUUAAAGUGGCCUUGAGCUUAGGAGGGGAUACUGUGGGAGAUGUCCAUGCUCACUUCAAUCCUUCUUCAGUGGACUCAUGGGUUUCUAAUGCAGUUUCUUCGCUAAAACACAUUAUCAAAGAGUACAAUUUGGAUGGAAUCGACAUCAACUACGAGCAUUUCAGUUCUGAUCCCGACACCUUUGCUAGGUGUAUUGGACAACUCAUAACUACCCUCAAGAAUGAUGGAGAUAUCUUUUUUGCUUCUAUAGCCCCAUUUGACGAUGCUAAAGUUCAGAAAUAUUAUUUGGCUCUCUGGAGGAGUUAUAGCCAUGUCAUAGACUUUGUUAAUUUCCAGUUUUAUGCUUACAGUAAAGGAACAACUGUGAGUCAGUUCAUUAAGUACUUCGAGACCCAAAGCUCCAAUUAUAAUGGUGGAAAGGUCUUGACUAGCUUUCUCAGUGGUGGAAGUGGUGGAUUGUCACCAGAAAAUGGCUUUUUUACUGCCUGCAAUCAGCUCAAGAGUAGCAAGCGACUUCAUGGUAUCUUUGUUUGGUCAGCAGAUGACUCAAAGGCAAAUGGCUUUGUCCAUGAGAAGCAAUCACAAGAGCUAUUAUCAACUCUCAACUAGCCUCUCAUUAAAUUAGACCUUGUAUUGUAUGUUAUGAGAGUACGUAAGUUUUCAUGCCUGUUUUCUACCUGACUCAAGAGUACUGUACUACUGUGUGCCGUUGCUUAUCUUCUCAGACGUACGAAUUUCUGGUUGUGUUUCUAUUUAUGUGUGUGUAAAAAGAUUGCAUUUUGUGUAAGUAUUUGUGAACGAAUGAAUAAAAUUUCUCUAUCUAAUGGAUGGCAGCACCAGAA